AGUCAACAUGAAGCGGUACUUGCGAACGCAGAUACUCAUCGUCGCUUGCGUGAACAUCGGGCAAUUCAUAGAUGGGUACAGCGUGGGCUGGUCUGCUCCCAUCAUCCCCAAGCUCCAGGAUCCUGAUCAGACACCUCUUCCGGACGUGAUCACCGACUUCGAAGUGUCAUGGAUUGGGUCCCUUCUCUAUAUAGGGGCUAUUGUAGGCCCGUACAUCCCAAGCUACCUCUCCAACGUGAUUGGUCGGAAGCCGUGCCUCUUCAUCGGCGGUCUAAUCAACCUGCUGGCCAUCUUCCUCAUCGUGACCACUCGUAACGUCGCCAUGGUGUUCGCUAUCCGCAUCAUCAGCGGCUUAGGCAUGGGCAUGGUUACUGUCAGCAACUUAGUGUACGUUGGGGAGAUUGCGUCUACAGACAUCCGUGGGAUACUCCUAACGUCAACUUCCAUAGUGGGUAUUCUGGGCACGCUAGCAGCCUACAGUGUAGGGCCGUUCGUGUCCUACGCUGCGACGGGCUACCUGGCGCUAGCUGUGAAUAUUGUGCACAUCGUUGGGAUCCUUUUCAUACCGGAGUCGCCAGUAUUCUUUGCUAUCAAAGGCAAAGAAACUGAAUGUAAGGAGACCCUGCGUAAGAUAGGCCGUCUUGAAGAUCUGGAGAAUGUCUUCGACUCCGUCAGAGGCACCAACCCAGAUGAAGCUCAAACCUGGAAGGCCUGGAUUAAGAUCUUCACUGUCAAGGCCAACAGGCGGUCCCUGUUCAUCACCCUGAGUCUCUGCACUCUCCAGCAGUUGAGCGGAGUGGCUGCUGUGCUCUUCUACACGACGACCAUCUUCCAACUCGCAGGGUCUUCUAUACAGCCCGAUAUUGCUACAAUCAUCAUUGGAGUGACAAGAUUGCUGGCCAGUUCAGUAGCACCGUUCGUGGUAGAGAGAGCGGGCAGAAGAAUGUUGUUGCUUCUGUCUACUGCUUUCUGCGCAAUUAGUCUGUCAAUACUCGGAACUUUCUUUUUGCUGACUCGCCUGGAAAGUUCAGUUGUUCCAGAUAUCGGGUGGCUGCCGCUACUAGCUCUGAUCAUGUACUUUUCAUCUUAUGAAGUUGGUUUCGGAUCAAUCCCGAACGCAUUAGUUGGGGAGAUGUUCAGAGGCAACGCCAGAAGCACAGGUUCAGCCUUAGCCAUGACCACAGCAUGGCUUAUCGGCUUCGGAGUGGCUAUCGGCUUCGGCAGCAUGGUCAAGUCCAUGGGAGGUGACGUCACCUUCUGGAUAUUCUCGUUCUCCUGCAUAGGCGCCUUCCUCUUCUCGUACAAAUUCGUGCCAGAGACCAAAGGGAAGACGCUGAACGAAAUCCAGACGAUACUAAGCAGGUGAUGAAGAGUGAAGGACUAGGUAGUAAUUUUAUAGUCACUGUUAGAGAAGUUGCUAAUUGAGAUGAGAAAGCUUGCCUUAGAGGUGCUAUUUAUGUGAUAAAAUGAGUUCCUAUGAUAACAAAUUAUAGAAACAGUGAAAUAAAUUGUGAAAAAUUCUCCCAUACAAAGAAGGAUAUACAUUAUACAAUGCACAAAUGUACAAAACUUGAUCAGACUACCAAGAAUUAUAAUACUAACAGAAAAAUAGUGACUGUUUUUAUAAAUUUGA